AUGAGUCCUGCACAGGAUGACAAAGGAACUUCCCUCAGUCGAUUUGUUCCUUUUACCAGCGGGAAGCCAGUCUUCCUUGGAGUUCGCUCUUCAGAAGCUUUCAUCCUCACUGCAGUGUGUUGGUCUGUUUUCACCGAUGUUUUCCUUUAUGGGAUCAUCGUCCCCGUGGUUCCAUUUGCGCUGCAAGACCGCGUUCAUGUCUCCCAUGAAGAUACCCAGCAUUGGGUUUCGGUGCUACUUUCGGUAUAUGCCGCUGCUCUGCUGGUCGUUUCUCCUAUCUGCGGUGUCAUCGCUGAUCGAACAACAUCACGACGCGGUCCUUUGCUCCUAGGCCUGAUCGUUCUAUUCGCAUCAACUUUAAUGUUUUGUCUGGGAAGGACCAUAGCCAUCCUGGUGGCGGCUCGGUUGUUACAGGGAGCUUCAGCCGCUGUGGUAUGGACGGUCGCUCUGGCCCUCCUUGCCGACACAGUGAAGCAGGACGAAGUCGGUAAGGCCCUUGGUUACGUCUCUGUCGCCAUGACUUUGGGAGUGCUUUUUGGUCCUAUGAUCGGCGGAAUCGUCUACGAGAGGUUGGGCUAUUAUCCAGUCUUCGCUGUCACCUUCGGGGUCAUCGGCCUUGAUAUUCUUCUGCGCCUCCUGUUGGUGGAGAAGAAAAUUGCAGCCAAGUGGAUCGAGCCCGCUCCAAUACCAAUCCAAAUCCAAUCAGCUCCGUCAAUAAACGACCGCAUUGCUCCUGGGCAACUUGAAGCCUCAUCCGCCGUCAGUGAGAAGAACACCACUAUUGCAGCCACGCGGGCUGCUGCUGCCAACAGCCGCCCCAAACGGAGGCUGCCUUCAAUGUUGAUACUUUUGAAAUCUCGCCGCCUCCUGGCCGCAUUCUGGGGAAGCCUGGCAACAUCCAUUACGAUGACAGCACUAGAUACCACUAUCCCCUUAUACGUCAACCAGAUAUUCGGGUGGGGAUCUCUCGGCGCGGGACUGGUAUUCCUCGCACUCCUGGCACCCAACCUCGCUGGUCCGCUGAUAGGGCAUUGGACCGACAAGUACGGACCCAGAUGGAUAUCCGCCGGUGGGCUCUUAUUCUCCAUCCCAUUCUGGGUGCUCCUGCGCCUGGUCGAUCAUGAUGGAAUCCGGCAGCAGGUACUUCUCUGCGGUCUCCUUCUGUUACUGGGCAUCGCAUGCGCAUUCAUCAUGACGCCCCUACUCGCGGAAUUCAGCAAAGUGUGCGACGCGAAGGUGAGACAGCAGCCGGACUUGUUCGCAGAAAAGUCGGCCUACGCACAGAGUUUCGGCAUCUUCAACGUGGCCUGGGCACUGGGUUCCUUGAUCGGCCCUCUCGUGGCUGCUGGGAUUAUCGACGCCGCAGGCUGGAAGACGAUGACCUGGAGCAUGGCCCUGUUUAGCGCAGUGGGUGUCUUGCCCGCCCUGCUUUAUUCCGGCGGCAUGAUCACCAGGAACAAGCGGCGGUCUAGUCCGGCUGAAACGUCAUCUCCCUCCACCGAGGUUCAUGUUGCGUAG